AUGGACUCAUCCGCAGACAACGUGCUCUCCUCGGACGGAGGUGCAUCGGACACGUCAAGCAAGGAGCAGAAGGCGGAUGCAUCUAAAGGUUCUUCCAAUUUGGCCAAGCUGGAACCAGUGGGCGAAUCGGACAACCUCGCUUCAUCAGACGCCUUAUUCAUAGGAGACACGGAUUCUGCUACUAUGGGAACGGACGACGACAAGGCAAACAAGUAUAGAAUGUUUCUGCAAAAUUCUAGUGACCAGUACACAGUUCAACAGAUGGAAAGAUUUCUAAAACAUGGCAUUUCAGAUAAUGGCAUGAGGAUGUUGACGACGGAUACCUGUACAUGGGUCUACGAUUACUACAAAACUACCAAGACGUCCACUCCCAACUUGAAGGAAUUAACGCCAGGCACGACCGUCGACUAUUACUACUACUCCACUCCCUUUCGCACACAAAGUGGCAACAUAAACCUGGUCAUGAUGCAUAGUCAGGUGAACUUUGAAGAUGGAACUACUGCUCCCGCCGAUAGGGUGUUCAAGAUGAACCAGGUUACGCCCGAAAUGGUGAAGGCGGCAAAAGUGAAGGCUCGCGAAUAUAAGAAUGAGUGUACCGACUGGAUUUAG